UAAAUGGCCAGCGGGCAGAACGACGCCGCGAGUGCACCACAGAGGCACCCCCCGCGACAAGAUCACCCGUUGCUGAGCACUCUCCCUGAGACCACCACCGCCACCGCCACCACCACCACCAAGCAACCACCAUCACCAUGGCAGUCGUGGCGUUCCGGGCUGGGUUCCAUCGGACCAUGGACAGGAUUGAACUCAUCCUGCCGCAGAAAUUCCGGCCGAUUUGGAGACACCCCGCAGGUCCCAAAACAGUCUUCUUCUGGGGCCCAACGGUGAAAUGGGGGCUGGUGUUUGCCGGCAUGGCGGACAUGGCACGACCAGCUGAGAAACUCAGUCUGUACCAGAACUCAGUGCUGGGGCUCUCAGGGUUCCUGUGGUCACGGUACUCUUUCGUGAUCAUCCCCAAGAACAUCAACAUGUUCUGCGUCAACUUCUUCCUGGGCUGCUGUGGAACUGGCCAGCUGAUCCGCAUCUUCAACUACCGGCGCUCCCUGAAGGACGGCGAGGGCGAGGGAGCGGCCACCGCCGAGGGAGACGUGCUCGUCGUGGAGGCGGCGCCGGCCGCGGUGACGGCCGCGUCCGUCGAGGCCAAGAGUUAAAAGUGACCGACGACGAUGGGCCGGCGGUCGGGGGUGGUGCGCGACAGCCGUUCGAAGCCAAGCAACUCACCGAACAAAGCAACUUUAUUUCGCCCGUAACCCAACCCGCGCGCGUAACCCAACCGCGCGCGUCGGAAUUAUUCUACCGUCGAAGCGUAACGUCGCUAACGCGGGUGGCUGCGACCCACAGGGAACGGGUCGGGGCGUCUCGCGCGCAGCGGGGAGCUUCUCUUGCUCAGUUCCCCAAGGGGAGCUGCCCGGUGCGUGGCGAGAAGGGAGGGAGGGGGACGUUGAAUGACGUGACAAACGCGGGGACGACGACGCUGCGCCACGCGGUCGGGAGACGGGCGGGCGGGAGAGGGGGUUGGUGGUGGGGGGGGCUCGAGGGUUUUGAUUGCCGGGGUUCACGAAGGGUAGGCGGUGGUUGGCGCGGGUCACGGAUCGCCCUCUCCCCUUUAAAACAAAAAAAAACUAAAUCAACGUCUCCUCGUUCUCGGGACGAGCACGCCAUGCCGACGACAUUCGCAAAAGGACCGGGGAAUUCGUUUUUUUUUAAGGGGGUGGCAGGGGGCGGGUGGGCGGUGGUGAAAGGCCUACACUUCGAGCCCUGGUUCAAAUGAAAGCUUUUGUGGUCUUCAUGUAACGAGAAUAAUGAUGAUGAUUAUAACGAUGACGAAACUAUGCAAAAAACAAACAAGAACCGCUGCGCUAUCGUGACGACAACCGAGCGUGUACAUUGACCAAGAGAUUUGACUGUGAACUUUAAUAAAGCACUCACUCUA